UCUUCAACUCCAUUUCUUGAUCUUUCUCUUCAAAUUAGUCCACCCAACAGUAUUAUUAAUCAUUCUACCUUCGCUACUAAUACUAUUGAAACCUCUAAUGGAUCAACUAACCAAUUGUUUACUCAUCAUUACACUAAUAAAUCACUCAAUCAAAUUAAUAAUGGGGUUUCCCUUGAUCAUCAUCAUGCUUGCCCGAUCAAUGGCUUCCCAAUUCAUCCCAACCCUUCAAUUUUCUACCCUAAACAAAGGCUUACUUCUCCUGCAUUCUCUGGGGCCUCUUCAUCUUCUUCAAUCUCUACUUUCACUUUGCCGCCGCCGUAUCUCCACUACCACUUGGACUCUGAUCGAUUGUCGGCUGUGGCGAGAGGACGAUCCAUGAGGGCACCGAGAAUGCGGUGGACGAGCAGCCUCCACGCUCAGUUUGUUCAUGCUGUAGAGCUUCUUGGCGGACAUGAAAGAGCUACGCCUAAAUCCGUUCUAGAGCUCAUGGAUGUGAAGGAUCUAACAUUGGCUCACGUCAAAAGCCAUUUACAGAUGUUUCGGGCACAUAAGAUGACUGACAAGCCUGCAGCUUCUCCAGGAGGGGUUGAUUUGAAUGUUGAUGAAAAGCUACUGUGAAGAUCAUCAGUUGCAUUUGGAUUGUCACAAACUCUAAUUUGGAGACGGCUUUGGCAGGUCUGAUUUGGCAUAUACUAAAGCAGAUGUUUAAUUUCUCCUCUUAAUCAUUAUUACCUUUUUUCCUUUUCAAUUCCCUUUUUUCAGUCACAUACUUAAUUAA